CUAAACCUUCUCCAAACCACAGCGAACAACCUCUGAAACUAUCAUCAAGAUUAGUUCAGCCGUUCUCGAGCAUUAGCGUUACUAUCAAACAAACAUUCAUUCAAUUAUAUGGGGAAAAAGAAAAGGGCUGUUUUUAGGAGUUCUCCGGCAAUUAUUCGCUUUUUUCUGGCCAUAAAAACCAUCUUUGAACCACAACGAAUAAAAAAAAUUGGACAAAUUGGUCAUUUUUAUAUAUAUGAUAAUUGUAUACUAUAAAUUUAAAAGCUGAUAUAAUAUAAUGGCCUUAAUCAAUAAUAGUAGUAUGAAUGAAUCUGAUGAAGAACGUGACCUUACCAGCUUAUCUUGGUUAAUGGAGUUACGAAAUCAAAAUUUUAGCUGGACAAAUGACAUGCAAGAGAUAAAUUUAAAUGGCGAUGAAAUGAGUAAUCGACACAACAUAAAAUGGUCUCACGAAGCUAGUGGAGGACAAAAAGAUGCGUAUGAUAAAAUAAGUAUGUUGAAAAAUAAAGACAAUUCCAACGACAAAACCAAUUAUGUUUCCAAUAAUGAUCAUAUUGUGCCAGAAAACAGCAAUGGAACACUGUUUAAUGAAUUUGAUAAACAACAAAAAGAACAUAGUUCAAGCAGCGAUAUUGAUAAAAAUAUAACUAAACGAAAUUGUAUUGGUAAAUCCAUUGAAAAAACAUGUAGAAAAUCGUUUAAAGGAAUGUACUUUCAACAGCAGCAAUUAAAAGUGCAAAUAAAACGAGCUACCCCAAUCGAGCGCUAUGAAAUAUUUAUGGAAAAAGUUAAAAGAGUAUUUGUAGAAUAUCAGAAAUCGGCAAUUAACUAUCAAACGGACACAACAGAAAAGCCGCCAUUUAAUUACUCUCAUAUAAUCGGUAUGGCAAUGUUGGAAAAUGGACGAGUGACAUUGCAGCAAAUAUGUUCUUGGAUAGAAACAAAAUUUGCUUAUUUUCGGGUUAGAAAAAAAUGGAAUAAUUCCAUAAGGCAUAAUUUAUCGCUACAUCAUUGUUUUCGUAAAGUAGACCGUACAAAAUUUGAGAAAGGUAAAGGUGGUUAUUGGGAACUGGGUGUUGAUCCUCGUAAAUGCGACAGGAAGCGUAUAAGGAACAGAAAAAAUGCACAGCAUAAAAUUAGACAAAUGCAUCAUCAAUAUCAACAUCAACCGCAGAAAUUGCAAAAACAUCCGUUAAGCAAAAAUAAAAAUAAAAUUACACAGGAAACAAAACCUAUGGUUGUGCUUAAUCGACAAAGCCCGAUAAACAUAUCAUAUAAAGAAUUACAAAAACUACAAACUGGAAGCUAUUAUAGUGAUUGUGCUCAACAACAAGUUAACGAAAUACACACAGUUUGCCCCGGCAAUUCUAGCAGCGCUCUUAAGGCCGAUCACGCCACCGGUAGGCAUUUGUUGCUUGACGAGCUCGACAUUCAACAAAACAUCGAUGUUGUCAGCUGUUGCCAACAGUCACAACAGGAGCAUAAAAUAUUUAUUACAAGUACGGCGGAAGAAUUCCCGGCAACAAUUAAUAAUGAUAAUAAUAGUCCCAAAACUGUUGAAUUACUACAGAAUAGUAAGCUACAACAAUAUCAGCUCGGUACAAUUAUAAUUAGUGCACCCACCGCAAAAUACGGUAACAUUUCCGAUUUCGCUGCUUCAACGGGAUCUAUUAACUGUAUCAUUAAUGGCGACUAUAUUGAUGACAAAGCACAUACAUUACAGCAGAAUUUCGUAAGUUAUCACCACCGUUAUUUUACAUGCAGGUAUUAUUGUUGAAUGGGGCGCCCAAAUAUAUGGUACAUGCUAAUGAGUUUAAGCCUUU